AACAAACGUCAAUCGAUGUCACAGCAACCGGGGAAAUCAUCGAUCUCGGAGAGUUUUUAUCAAAGCACGCCAAGGGUCGACACCGAUAUCGGCCCGUUAACGUUUUUUCCCCCGGGCAGCAAGUGCUCGACAGCUCUGACCCUGCCAACCGAUCCGGCUCUCUUUAUGAAAACUAGAACAAAGAAUUUCCAAAGUGACAACGAGCUACCACAAAACAUCGUGAACGAGGCCAGGGCGAAUCUCCAAUCUCACGUCUCUGACUUUUUUCAACAAAUUUCGAUGGCCACCAGCCCCGAGGACGUGAUGGAGGCUGAGUCCGUACCCUUCUCGAACAAUCGAGUUUAUUCUCAGAACGAGGGGAAAACAAAGUUCGCGGAUUGCUCGAAAAUAUCAUAUUUACCGAAAUUGGCGAAGAUCACGAAAAUUCACGCUCGAUGCAAGACACCGUACCACAGCAAGGCUUCCUCUACCGUGAACUCGUUGAAAGGCAAUGGUCAUAGUCAAACGCCCCUAGCUGGGAAACUUUCGAAUCUGGCUAUCGACCAAGACUUACCUAAAUUUGAGAACAUGGACAAUACGAUUACGGAAGUUCUCAACAGGGAGCAGGAAAUAAAUUUUACUGGCAAAACCGUGGCGGAAAUUCUUUUGGGAGACGUGGAAGAAAGGAAGAAGGUUCUCGGGAGUAGUUGCGAGGAAGAAAACUUCUCCGCAUCCGAUCAUACCUACGAGACGAUCGUGGAACGAGACGAAACCGUGGCCGAGGAAGCUACGACUCACAACGAUAGUUCCAUCUCUUCGGCUAGUCAACUGUUGGAAGAUCCAUCGCCGAUGUCUUGGGCGUUUACCUCGCCUCCGAACGAUCUCGAUGGAGAAUUCACUUUGAAGAGGCAGCGAGGCAUACGGAGGAAGCGGCAUCGGAAGGAUACCGAGAAAGUCUCCGAUGGAAAGCGAGCAAAGAGACGAUCGUCUAGUCACAGCCCGUCCACUGGCACGAAAUCAGCAACGACACAGAACACCUUGGUGGAAGCUGUGAAUCCAAACGUGAAAAAGCUCGCUUUGGAGACCGACUUGGACACUACUUUGGACGAGAAAUGCGUGUUCGAACCGAAAGGGCUGUUCUGUGAACUCGACGAUCGCAAGGACGAGGAAGUUGGAAGGAAAGCGAAUACUUGGGAUCUGGAUAGUCCAAAGUCGACUCUUACCGAUGACUUUCAUAGUUCGAAAUCGUUUCUGAACUCGGUGUCCAACACACCGGAGACUCCGCUGGUCGCGACUGUCAGAAGAUGCCUCAAGUUCAGCCCGGAGAGCGAACCUCCGAGACAAAAUUGUCACGGAUCGAUCGAGAUCGAGUAUUCCGUCGUGGGCGAUCAAAUACACGUUCGAGUGAUAAGGUGCAAGGACCUACGGAGGGCAUACGAGGGUCCAGUUCACGCUUACGUGAAGGCGAGUUUGAAGAAUACGAACGGCGAGGGAGUGGUGAAGAGAACAGCGGUACACAGAGCCACACCGAAUCCCGUUUUCCACGAGACCUUGAUACUACCCUGCCCGGCGAACAACAAUCACUACACCAGCAAGCCCACGUCCCUGGACAUCGCGGUCUGGCACAGGGAUCGUCGUGCAAGACGUAGCGAGCUGCUGGGCUGUAUGACUCUACCUCUACCUCUGUCUCAAGAUAAGGAAGCGACAUGGCAUCCGCUAGAGGCAGGAACCGGUCGGAACACGAGCAACCCUUAUGCCGGUUUGCCACAAGAUUGCGGAGUUUCGCCACCCCUGUCGAAGGACGGAGAGCCAGAUAAUAAUAAUUCAGGAGCAGAAGACCUGACGUAUUUGAGGCAUCUCGAAUUAGAGCCUAUCGAUCCUUUGACUGGCUUACCCCUGCAUCCGGGUUUUACUGCUAGAGGCGGCAGAACACCAUGCACCGUUACGAGGAGACUGAUAAGACAAACUGCAGCUAAUCAGGUUCCAUGGGGAUUUUCGCUCUCCUGGGGAAGACCGCCCCGCGUGGAACGCGUGGACCCUGGCAGCCCGGCGGAACGAUCCGGUCUGAGGCCAGGUGAUCACGUAGUCUUCGUCGAUAUGACGAACGUAGUGACGCGAUCACGGGAAGAGAUUCUUGGACUGAUCCAGGCGGCCACGAAUCAACUGGUUUUGGAAGUUUAUCGUAAGGGGAACGUUCAUUCGUCGAUGCACCGGCCUAACUCGAUGAACGUUAGUCUGCAGCAAUCGAUCGGUGGCGGACAUCAUGCGGUUGCGUUUAACGCCGAGGUGUUUCCAAACCUCGCGCCGGAUGCACCACCGGAGGAGGAGUUGUCCGUGCGUGAAACACGGUACUGGGGAAUCCUGAAAAGCGGUCAAACGCGUUUUCUGGCGCCUUUAGCCGAGAGACGCGAUGUUCUCUCCGCGGCGGAUUACUUGAUCCUCUUCCAAAAUCUCGACGAGUUGCUCAAGAUCUCCGAGGAAAUUCGAGACGAAGGUGGCGGAGUCGAGAGUUACUUGUGUAGAGUUCCAAGAAUCACCGCUGCCUAUAGAAGAUACUUAAGCGGGUUGCAACGCGCGUGUUGCCUGUUGGUGGCCCUUAGACGAAACACGGCAUUCGCCAAGCUCGUCUGCGAGCCUGCUGUACCGCACAAGAGACGACCCGAUUUGACGGGUGUCUUGCUCUUGCCUCUGGAGCAUUACAGAGAGAUGACGAGACUGUUGGGUCUGGCGUCGCCAAGGAAUUGCCAGCAAGCCAGAGAUCUAUCUCAGGGAUACAGAGAAGCGACGGCUAACGCCGGUGUGAUGGAACCACCGCGCGAUACCGGUAGACCUUUGCUCAGUCUGCAGGAGGUUGAAUCUCGAUUGGUUUUCGCGAGAUGCAAACCGUUCACGUUGGCCAUGCCCGGUAGACAAUGGCUAUUCGGCGGUGCGCUCGCAAAAGUGGAGGGUCGAGCACGACUGCAACCCUCAUGGGCCUUACUUCUUACCGAUCUUCUCGUAUUCGCUCGGGUUUCCCGAGAUCGCGUUCUAUUCGUAACCGAAGAGCCUCUACGACUAUCGAACAUCGCCGAGGCUUGUUUCACCGUCCGCAAAAGACCCACUGAAUUUCGACUGCAAAUCGCUAUCAAUCCUUCCGGAAGCUCGGAGAACGGUCACGUGGAGGUGAAUAGCGGUGGCUGCAGCCCUCACAGUCGUCCGCGAAGACGAGUUUUAGUUUUGCGUGCACCGACUCCAGAACUGAAGGCCGUUUGGCACAAUCUUCUUCAGCGACAGAUAAUCUAUGUAAAUACAGGCUAUGGUGGAACACCGAGUCAGGACAGUCCAGAAGAAAGUCCCAUCACCGGUAGCAAUUUCACCAACGCAGCGAUUAGGGAGCCUACGGAAAGUUCGCAAACCACCAGGGAGUCGCAGAAACAGGACGAGGAAAAGGAAUCGCGCUCCGUUGACAGCAUCGACAGUAUCGUUAAAAGUUCAACGGGAGACAAUCAUCUGGCGCAAUGGGUGCGCAAUUCCCAUCAAAUUCCUCCACCGGAUAACGAGGAAGUUCCCAUCGAGGAAUGGACGGCCGAGGAGUUGGCGGCACGUGCCCCGAAAGAAACCAGCAACGAACCGAGUCGAGAACGAAACGCGACAUCGGAGGAUGUUGUAACGGAAAUAAUGAGUUCGGAUAUAGAGCAACAGAGUACAGCUUCGAGCGCGAGCCUCAGUACAGUCAAGUCUAACAGCGUAAACACGAAGAAAAAUGGCAGCCUCGCAUCUUCCAAGGAAAAUUCCACCAGCUCGAUCAACAUUUGUAGACGAUGCCACAGACGCGCGUGCAAUUGUAGAUCGGGUUGUCCAACGCCGCCUUUGACGAGAGAUCCGUUUUCCCCGUUGCCUCCAAAGAUCUCAGUUGUCCCGCCAACGCCUGACUUCUGCACCAGGCAUCGACUUAGAAAUGGAUUGCACGAUAGCCCAGGAAGGAACAGCCCGUCUUACACUCCGGCCGAUGGCAACACAGAAGAUGGAAGCGAGGACGACCUUGAUUGCGACGGCGAACCACCGUACAGAGUUCUAAGAAGAUUCGGUACGGUGAGCAGUUUGGAUCAGGACGACGAGCUCGAAGAGCAAGCAGACGAUGACAAUCGAGAUUCCGAGUCUCCACCUACGGGUUUAAGAGCGUGGACGGCUCGAGCAAGCAGUUACGUAGUCAGUAAAAGAUCGUCGUUGCUGGAACAACUCGGCGAAGGCAUAGGUGGAUACCUUCUUCAAUCGCCGGUCCCCCCUGAAAGAACGGAAUUCUCGUUGGACCCGAACGACGAGGAAGGGACGACGUCCGGAGCUACAUCGGGGGACGAUAUCUGGGGAACUCCAACCUCUGGCGGCCCCGACGACGAAAGCUUCACCGCAAGCUCGCCGCCGCCCAUCGGUUCAGGCAACGUCGUUGCUUUUGGCGAAGAUAACUACGGCCUAAACCUGUCGGUGGAGGACGAGGUCGACCAGGAGUCUGAGAACGACGACUGCAAUUUGUCGGAACUGAACAUGGAUCAGUUACUCGGCAGUGGAAGUCUCAGCUCGUUGCGGUGUUUCCUGGGCAGGCAAAGGUUAGAGCCACUCCCGGAGGAGGAAGAUUCGUCUGGAAGCGCGAAGGAUCAAGUCGGAUGGUGGUGACAGCGGUUUCAAACGG